CCCCAGACAGCCAUGCUGGUGUCAGCGGUGGGAGGGGAAGUGGCAAGCACCAGCCAGCGGUCGGCGACUGCCUGCAGGCACCGCCAGCAGUGCCGGCAGCGGAGGGGAGAGGGAAGUGGCAAGUGGUGACUGUCCACAGGCGCCGCCAUCAGCAUCAGCAGUGCUUUUCUCAGGGGGUGCACUGCCCCCUAUGCAUUGCCAGUGGUUGAGGGUAAUGUUGUGUAGAGUUCUGAUUACAGUUGUGCAAGAUGGUUUGGAUAGGGAUGAUCCUGCCUCAGGCAGGGGGUUGAAGUAGAUGACCUUUGGAGGUUCCUUCCAGCCCUACUUCUCCGGCUCUCCAGGACUCUCUUGCUUUCCUUGCCUCAUGGCCAGAGAUGGGGGUUUGGGAAGAGAUGGAACAAUAUCUUAAGUCAAGCAGGUGUCCUGCCAUGAGGGGCCUGACCUGUUGUGAAGGGGGAGUUUUUGGCAGCUCCUCUUGUACCUACUUCUGUAUAGUACAAGCAAACUCUUAUUCCAGGAGAAGGAUAGCCAUAUCCUGCUUCCUUUGGAUACUUCCGUGCAGAGCUCUCUCACUAGUUCUUACUCCAUUGCUUGCCCUGCAUGAAGUAUGUCCCAAUAGUAUGAGGUCAAGGGAUCUGGUGGGGGCUUUCAUACAGGGGUUUCUCAAGGGUCAUGUGUGCAUGAGAUAUUCUAGUAGGAAUGGUUUAUCUGUCACAUGCUUUCAAACUUUGUUUUACUUUUCAGAUUGGUCAGGAUUUGUUCUCUUAUUCAGUUGAGAAUCCAUUGGCCCACUGGCUCUUUACUUUGUCACAGCUAUAAAAAGUGUAGGAGAAAUGUCCAAAAAUCAGUGGAUAUGGUUCUUAUUAGUAAUGAAUCACAUGGAAAUUGCAAGUAGUCAGAACUCUGAAGAUUUGCCUCCAUUAUUACACAAGGCUGUGGAGGAAGUAAUAGCUGGAAAAUAUCUUAAUGCUUUCCUUGAUAUACUCCAUUUUCAAAGCACUAAUGCAUGGACACCAGAUAUGCUUAAAAAAAUUAUGGGCUAUUUCCAUGAUCAGGAAGUUAUAUUUACAACUAGCACCCUCCAGAUUUCUAUAAAAAACAGCUUGGAGAAUCUUUUAAACCAGCCCAAACAACUGCUGUCAGAUUUUCAACAGACUGAUCAUCAGCAGUUUCAAACUGCGAUGAAAUUUCUCUUCAGCAGCAAAAAGCAUCAUUUGGAAUUGGGAAGUGUUGUUCUGGAUUUGGACGGGAUUAGAGAGAGAGUUUUUCAAAGCCCAGGAAUAAACAGGACAUUGUUCCUUAUUACACUGGAAAAAUGCUUUGUGGCUUUGAGUGCUAUGGAAUGUGUGGAUAUAAUGAGCCAGAUUUUGCGGGUAUCUUCAGUGAGCUAUCUUCAACCUGCUAUCAUUGGCAACCUCCCAAAAGAUCUUCAGGAAGAUGCUUUCAGAAACUUAUCUGUCGUAUUCAAGGACCUCUAUGACAAAACAACAGCAAAUGCACAAAGAGCUCUGUAUGACUGGAUGAAACAGAUUUUACAAAAAUCGUACAGUGCCAGUGAGUUAAAUGAGUCAGCCUCUUGGGUCAGUGCAGAAAACCUAUGGAUUUUGGGAAGAUAUAUGGUACAUCUUCCAUUAGAAGAAAUUAUGAAAAUUAGUCUUACUGAAAUGAAACAAUUCAUUAGCUAUGACAAUGCAACAAAACAGCUGGAUACAGUAUAUGAUAUCACACCAGAACUUGCACAGGCUUUUCUAGAAAGAAUAAACUCAUCAGGAUUUGAUAUGAGAAACACCUCAACUAUCUACAGGUUAGGCUUGUUGGUUUGCUUUUAUGAUGAUAUGGGAGAGAUGGAAGCCACUGUGGCUCGGGUUCUACUUCACCAGAUGAUCAAAUGCAAUCACCUGAGAGGCUUCCAGGCUGAGGUUCACAAGCUCAAAGCUCAACUGCUGGACAUUGCCAUGCAAAACCAGACUUUGAAUGAUACCCUUGGAUCUCUGUCAGAUGCAGUGGUUGGGCUGACUUCAGGUCAGCUGGAAUCCUUGUCACCUGCAGCUGUGCAUAAUGCUAUUUCAACAUUAAACCAAGUCUCUGGAUGGGCUAAAGACCAAAUUAUGGUUUUAUCCAGCAAAUACCUCACUCAUGAAAAGGUUUUAUCAUUCCAUAACAUUAGUCAAAUGGGUGCUUUGGUGACUGGAAUUAGCACCCAGUCAUUCUACAGCAUGAACCCAAAGGAACUCUCUCAGGUGAUUAGAGGCACUUUAUCUCAGUAUGCAUCUGAUUUAUCACCUGCUCAACAACAUGGCAUCCUUAGUAAGAUGAUUGCACCUAGAGAUUUUCCUUCAUCAGUCACAGAUAUACAAGGAGCUUUUUUUAAAGAAGUAUCUCUUUCGGCUUUAUGGAAAGAAACAGGUUUUAACUCUUCAGUGAUGAAAGAAAAAGAAUUGAGGAGGAGCCAGGCCUUGUAUCUGUAUGAAUUAUUGUCUAAGAAAACAGCUCCUGCUGACCUUUUAAGUACAGGGCAGUUGGUGAAAGGAGUAACCUGCCAACAGAUUGAGAGGAUGAGCACAGACUCUUUUUUAAAUCACUUCAGGCUCUUUGAAAAGCAUCUUGAGUUGCUUUCUCCAUAUCAGGUUAAUUGUUUGGCAUGGAAAUUUUGGAUGGACUCCAACACAUCUAUCCCCCCCUUCCUCUUAUCAGUUCUUCCAGCUCAGUAUUUGGAAUCAGUUUCAGACUCUUUGUGUGUACCUUUCCUGAUAAGUCUGGGGAAGACUGAACUGGAUCUUCUAAUUCUAGACUCCCACAAAAAGAAUGCAGUCCUACAAAAAGUACAGGAGUGUUUGAAUGGCUCCAUUGAUGAUGAGUAUGAUGUUGAUGUGCUUGGCAAUCUCAUCUGCCACUUACCUCCAGCAGCUAUACGUGGUGGAAUGGCCCUGCAGGCAAUGGCAGCAGCCCUUCACCAGUUCAAAUUCUGCCACCAGCUCAGCCAUGAGCAGAAGACAGAAAUCAAAUCCAGACUUAUUGAGCUGUAUGGCUCCCCAAGGAACUGGACAGCUGAAACAACACUGGAUAUUGGACCAUUCAUAGCUCUUUUGACAAAAGAUGAAUUAAAUGUCCUUGCUAAAAAGUUUCCAGAUACCAUUCUGCAAAUAGCAAAGAUGGCUGGGCCAGCUCCUCUACCUGAAGAGUUCCUAUCUACUGUAUUUGAAACUGUUCACAACUCUACUGUCCUCAUUGCAGCAUCUAACCAUGGGACUGGUUGUAUAGGAAUCAGAGCUCCCUCUUCAGAUGAGAUUAUUAAGUUAGGAGAAGCAAAUGCCUUUUGGUCAGUUCAAGAACUGCAGUGCAUGGGCACAGACACUUUUAUCAAAAAUGUGGAACUCCUUGGGACUGUGACAGGUUUCAACAAAUCCCAGCUUAUUGCUUUGAAGGAGAAAGCUAAGCAGGUUUGGGGCAUGUUGCCAGAUUGGAAGAAAUAUCAUAUUAUUUCCCUUGGGUACAUUGCCCUAGCUCUCAACGAGAGUGAGAUACGGGAGUUGGAUUUGAAUUCUAUUGAUACUGUUGCUGCACUUAGUCAACAAACAGAAUGGACUCCUGACCAGGCUACAUCUAUUUUACAAGGGUUUCUGGAAGACUCUAGUCAGACAGUCAAUGAGUUGAAAAGCUUUCAUUUAGCAGGAUUAGGAGCUAAUCUUUGUGCCCUGAAUACUACAGACAUCAAGUCCAUCAGGAUUACAGAAUUCAGUGCUGUUGUUUCCAGAGUUGGUAUGUUGACUUGCAGUACUCCCCUUCUGCAAGAGUUUAAGAAGAUGGCAGAAUCUGUGUUUGGAAUUGCCACAGGAUGGAACAGCUCUGUAAUGCAUGAAAUUGGGACCAUCGCAGGAGGCUUGCAUGAAGAGGAAUUAAAAGCUCUUGAUAAAGACCUUAUGCCAUACUUCCAGCCAGCAGCAAUAAGACACAUACCUGCUGAAAUUUUCAAAGCACUGUCCCCAGAACAAAUAGCAAACCUUGGCCCUGAGAAUGCAGCCAUGGUUACCAAAUUGCAGAGCCAGUAUCUCAAUGCGUUGCAGCUUCAGAGUCUUCAGCUGGCACUAGAUGGCGCCAGGACCAGCAUCCAAGAUGCACAAGAGGGUGCAGGCACCACUCAGUCAAUGCCUACGCCAGUCUCAAGCUGUAAGUAGUCACUCCCGCUCUGUCCCAAGAGGCAAGGGCAUCCACAUUCUGUAGGGAUAUCAGGAUCUCAGCACCAGUUGGGCCCUUAUUUUGGACUCAUAUCUUAUUAAAAAUUACGGUUGGCAUGUUUUAACAACAAAUCAACAAUCUAAUAGUGGUCCUGUUUUUCUAGAGUGGCCACGUAGUACAAACAACUCUUGUCAGCUUCAGUGGAAACUUUGGGCGGUCAGCUGUCUGAAGGUGGGAGGCAGUUAUUUCUUUAGUUGCAUAAGUACAAAUGUAGAUGUCUAACUUCAGGCACUAACAUCAGAAAAUGUUGGCCUCUACUUUUCCAAGACACAGUUAGGAGAAACUGAGCCAUGACCAUCAUCCUAGGCUGGUAGUUUAUUCAGCUGACCACUUUCAGUAGCAGAGAAAGUAUUACCUGCAUAUUGCCACAUAUACAGUCUUAUUUCCAACCAGGAAAAUCAGACAUCAGUUCACAAAGAAACAGGUCUGGGAAGCAGCUUUCCCAUCUGAAAAAUGCACAUUCCUAAACCCCCCUCUGCCUGUCUUACACAUGAGCUAUGAGGCAUGUCUGCUUCAGCUGUCACUAGCCUCGUUCCAAGCUUCCUCUGCAUCUCACAUGCACAGGCAGCAUUAAUCCUGUCAGAUCUCUCUCUCAUAUUGAAGAGAGUAAAUCCUACCAUUUCUUCAUCAUGUAAAAAGCAGUAGUGAGAGCUGGGCUUCCACAUGGACAGUUGGGAUGAUACGAGAUGAAUACACCAGCCACAAGAGAUGGAUAGUCCCAGGUAGUGUUUACAGUGAAACCCUGCAGGUAGUAUCAUGCCAUGCUAAUAAAUGGCUCAGGGAUUCUCAGCCAGGGUGUCAUGGCAUCCUGGAGCAUUACAAGAUCCUUUUAAGGGUGCCACACAGUAUUAGCACUGUAGGUGUGCAGAAAAUUCAUAAGAGAAUGAUUCAAAAGAAAAGCCCAGCGAUUUCCAAUGCAUAGUAUCAAAACAUUCUGACCUGAUAUGGUCUUUCUGAGUUCUUUGCAAAAGAAAAAUUGCUCUGUUAUUUUUCUGUGGUCAAAAAAUUAAUGGAAAUGAAGAGCUGGCAUUUUCCAAGGUGCGUCUUGAGUUUAAAAUGGUUGAAAACCACUGAAAUAGCUGAUGUAAAAUACAGUCUAAGAAACCCAUUUUCCAUUACUUCCUUCCCAUAUUUCUGAAAGAUUUAUAGCCAAAUCAUGCUCUUUUUGACCCCACAAUCCCUGAAAAGCUCUUUUGGAUCCCUGAAAAGACAGGGAUCCUAAUGAGAAGCUUAUCUCACAGAGGCGGCCAUGGGAGGAAGUAAUGCAGGGGGUAACACUCCAUCCGAUAGUGCUUAGACCAUUCCAGUAAUUUUCCUGCCAUUUCCACCCUGUUUGGAGGAAGGCCACACAGAAUAUGGGCUGCAGUGACUGGAUUACUAAUCCUCAGGACCAAGUACAAAAUUCAUAAUUCAGAGCACAGCUCUUUCAGUUGGUUACAUUCACCCCAGCUGGUGUCAAGGAACAUAAGUUACCUCUCCAGCCUGGCUCUCAGCCUGUUGCCAAAGAGGGUCAAUGUUGCUGGUCCUGCUGACACUCUUCUUUCUAGGUUCCUCCUGAGACAUGGACAGGAGGAGGGUGGAGCUCUGUGGGAGCACUUCCAGGGGAGAUGCUAAGUUGCCACUGAGAGCUGCUGAGCUGUUUUUGCUGUCACUAGAACUGACCUUCCUAGAACUAAGGAAAGGAUGUUUUCAGCACAAUCCCCUUAUUUGUGCAACCUGCUCCUGCUGUGUUGACAGCCAACACCUCCAGUGAUGAAGAGUCUACAGCUUCCCCAGGCAGUCUCUUCCACUGCCUCACUAUUCUAACAGUGAAGUUUUUCUGGAUAUCCGAUCUAAACUUAUUUUUCUGCAAAUUUAUGCCAUUGGUCCACAUCUUUUUCUUCUGUUGAUUUAGGACACCUCCAAGCCUUUAUAAUUUGCAGAGUUGGUGGUAUCUGAUGUGCCUUAUAAGAAGACCAAUGCAGGUUUCAAAUGUAUUCAUAUAUUAAAGAGGAAUGUGAAUGGUGCUGGAGACUGGGUACAGGAUAUUAGGCAGCUGGUAUGAUAUGGCCACUUUUUGUAUACUAUAGUUGCUUUGUUGUAUCCAUCUAUUGUCUUUUGUGUUAUACUUGAACUGUAAUUCCUCUAGGUAUAGUCUGUCUUUUUAUUGUGUCUGAUUAGUGUCUAACAGUAGGGGAUGCCACUGGGGUCCCUAGGUGUUAUUAUACUACAAAUAAAUAGAAUCUCUCAUCUCUA